AUGGUUAUUCAGAAAGCUAUAUCCGAAGCUCGAUGCAGGUGCCAGGUAGACCGAAGCGACAUCCGAAGACGGGAGGUGGUGCAAGGGGGCAACAUCACCCUCACGUGUUACGCCGAGCCAGGGCAUCUACGUACGUACCGUUGGGUGUAUAUUCGCUCCGACACUCGCCUGCCUCAGGUUCUUAGCGCAGGGAGGAGGCUCGUCAUCGGGGAGCAGAGGUUCAAACUCGUCACAAAGGUCGAGGAUGAGCGGGUGGCCCUCCAGCUGCAGCUCUCCGACGUGCAGCUCCUCGACUCCGGCCUCUUCAUGUGCUGGCGGAAGGGCGUUCGUCCAGACCCGCAGAUUCUCCUGACGGUGCUAGAACCCGGCACAUCCUCGGAGCAACAGGUGAUCACAGAGCUGCUAGGCCCGACGGAGGUGCAGUACGGCGAAUCACCUGUUUUCACCUGCAACAUCAAACCUGCUUGGCCAGUCAAGGUGACCUGGCUCAAGAACGGCGCCGAGAUCCCCGCGACGGCCAGGGCCUUCAUGCAGAAGGUGCAGCGCGUGGCGGCCGAGAAUGGGGACGGCGAGGCCCUGCAGGCGACGCUCACCGUGGACUCCAUCAGGGACAGCGAGACCUUCACCUGCCGCAUCGAGACGGAGCCGCCGGAGGAGCGGAGCGUCCACGUCGCCGUCAGAGUGGCGCGCGUGCAGUCGCUGACGGCGGAGCCAGACAAGGACACGGUGGAGUACGGGCAGCCCCUCAAACUCACCUGCGUCGUCUCGGGCACCAAGUCGGAGGUCGUGUGGCUGAAGGACGGAGCCGAGAUGGCGUUCGGGCCCUCAGUCUCCGGAAGGGAAAAGGUGUCGACGGAGCGGCCCGGGGACACCCUCGCCUCCACCAUCUACAUCGACGCCGUCUCCUUCAGCGACAACGGCCACUACGUCUGCUACAUCCCCGGCGCCUCCAAGGACAUCCUCAUCAACAUCGAAGGUCGACCUCCAAGAUUACUAGGCGUAACAGGAGGGAACUUCUUCGAGGACGAGCCGCUCACACUCCGCUGCUCCACGCAAUACGUCAAGCAUAAUCAGAGAUCGCCCGUCACCUGGAACUUCGAAGGCCUGCCCCUGGACCCGCACGUGUACGGCGCGAGGGUCGAGCAGAACGAGUACAACGUGACAGUCCACGAGCUGGUCAUCCCCGUGGGCCGCUCGCACCACACGGGGACCUACGAGUGCGUGACGCCCUUCGGCAGCGCCAGCAUCUACGUCGAUCUCUUCGUCCCGCCGUCCCUAGGGGAGCCCCUGCCGUCGGAGGUGGAGGUGGAGGAGGGCCGCCCACUGGAGGUGUCCUGCAGCGCCGUCGGCAGGCCCCUUCCCUCCGUGCAGUGGGAGAAGCUGGUUGAGGACACGUGGGUGCCGGCCUCUGACCUGGAGGGCGUGGAUGCGAGGCCGGACGGGCUCCUGAGGAUCGACUCCGCACGAAUGGACCACGCCGGCGACUUCCGCUGCGCCGCCAGGAGCGAGGCCGGAUCCUUCCUCGCCGGGAUGCUCCUCCGCGUCGACCGCAUCCCCGCUGAAGUGGUGGAGAUGAUGUCUCCCGAAGACGUCAUGGAGGGCGACAACUUCACCGUCCUCUGCACUGUUGCCAACUUCAUCGGGCCGGUCGAUUUCUGGUUCAACGGCGCACCGAUCGACACCACUCUGCAGCCGCGGUACAGCACGGAGACGUACCUGCGCGACGACGGCCUCAUGAACGUGUAUCUGACGGUGCAGGAGGCGACGCUGGAGGACUCUGGCUUCUACGAGUGCUACGCAGGAUCUGAAUCCUCCCUCACCACAGACGUCAUGGUGCAGAAGCGACCAUGGGAAGUCCUUGAUUUAAAAGCCUCACACGCGAUACUGGGACAAGAUUUCUUCCUGAGCUGCACCGUCAAAGACUGGCCGAGGAAGGUCACCUUCUACCACAACGGCAAAGCGGUCGGCGACCACGACGACGCCCGCUACACCGUGCACGCCCCCGACGCCAGCGAGGAGGAGGGCCCGAUCACGCACGUGAUGAAGGUGGCCGCGGCGACGCUCGAGGACGAGGGCGUCUACCAGUGCUCCCUCGACGGCUACAGCUCCGCCUCCGUCGCCGUCACCGUGGAAGAGCCUCGAGAGGAAGUGCUGGGAAUCGCCGCGUCCGCAGCCGUCCUCGGCCGAGACUUCAACAUCACGUGCCAAGUCCAAAACUGGGAAAAUGAUGUGACCUUCGUGCACAACAACGUGGUGGUGGAGCCCGAGCGAGAGUGGCGCUACGACGUGUCCAAGCUCCCCGGAGAGCGGCCUGAGAUCAGCUCCCACGUGCUCACCGUCACGAGCGCCAUCCUCGACGACUCGGGCUACUACGAGUGCUACACGAGCCCCAUGGCCUUCGAUGCCGUCGCCGUCGAGGUCUGGAGGGAGGCAGACGUGACGCUGGAGCUGCAAACCCUUGAGCGCCCCAACUGGAUGGACGCCCCCAUUCCCCUGAACUGCAAAGUCGAGGGCGUGGAUCCGAACAAAGUGACAAUCAUGUUCUUGCAAGAGGACACGCCUCGAGUCGCGAUCCAGAACAAGACCAAGAUGUCGACCUCGAAUGACCUCGUCUACAUCACCAUCACGGAGAAGCCCGACUCCCCCGGGUUGCCUGAGACCACCUUCACCCUCGGGUUCUACUCCCUCAGCCACAACCACUCGGGUUUCUGGUCGUGCGAGGUCCUGCACCCCAGCGGCGCGUCCUUGGGGAAGGCUGUGCUCUUCCUCGAAGUCGCUGACAUACCGAAGUUCGUAGUGACACCUCCUGAAGAAGUUUUCGAAGACCUGGGCGAGGACCUGUACCUCAACUGCUCCACUUCGGGCCCGAGUGACACCUCCGUCGCCUGGUUCAGGAAGGGCAUCCCGGAACCCAUCGUUUCGCGGCCGCAGUCGGCGUCCCUCUUCAUCCCCGGCUUCACGAGCACUGACGAGGGCGAAUACUACUGCCAGGCGAGCGUCCACGACCGAGAGAUCAGGGCGGAGACGGUCCUGAGACUCAAAACCCCGCAGCCGAAGGUGGAGUCGGUCACAACGUCGCCUGGCGUGGAGGGGGAGGACUUCGUCGUCACAUGCACCGUGUCGAACUGGAAUGAUCAGGUACUCUUCUUCAUCAACGGCGAGGCAGCGGAUCCCGAAACCUCCUCCCGGUACAGCUUGCAUCGUCAGACCGGUCUCGACGGGGAGUCGGUGGUCCACAUCCUGACGGUGCACGACGCCCGGCCGAAUGACGGGGGCGUGGCCGAGUGCUUCAUCAGCCUCGAGGAGUUCGGUUCCGCCCUCGUCGAAGUGGCAGAGGCGGGUCUUGCUCCGCCCACUCGCCCCCCCACCGAUGGCAUAGGCUUCGAGGAGCCCACCCUACCCCCCGGAAGGAUCAUUGACCUCGUUGGACCUGCUCUGGUGGAGGCAGGGUCAACGCUCACGCUCACCUGCCUCGUGAGCCCCGUGAUGCAGGAGGAAGUGGUGCUGACUCACGACGUGUUCCUCCUGAACGUGGGCGACCUGCGCAUCACCAACGACCCGCGAGUUGAUGUCGUUUCCGGAACCAGCGGCGACGGGACCAGACUCGUCUUCCUAAACAUCGCGCAGGUGCGGCCCGAGGACGGCGGCGAGUACCGCUGCGAGACGUCCACGGAGCCGCCCGCCUCCGCCACCUGGAUCGUCAGCGUCGUCCCGGCCGGCGCGCUCGCAGCCACCACAGCCCCGGCGGCCGUAACAGCUCCACCAACAACGCUGACGUCAACUGAAGAAUACGAUUAUGAAGAUCUUACCUCAGGCAUCAACGCUACACAGGAGAAGGAGGAGGAGGAGGAAGAGGAGGAAGAGGAUGAUGAUGAUGAUGAUGAGGAAGAGGAGGAGGAAGAGGAGGAGGAGGAGGACGAGAUUGGAAAAGACUGCAGCCUCCCCGAGCGCUGGGCGGGCGAUUGGACGGAGCCCAACAUGAUGUCUUCGCUCACCGUCACGAGGGACAAGUUCGGGAAGGGCUCGUGCGUCGGCGCCAUGCCCGAGCCGGACGCCUUCCUGUUGGAUUUCUCCCGAAAGAGGAAGAAAUGCUUGAGAUGCAUAAUUGUCGAAGAGAAACAUCAGAACUACUUAAUCUACAGGAAAUCCAAGUGCCAGUCCAAGCAGGACGCCGCGGCCCUGUGUGAAUCCAUCAGGAACGACACCGGAGGCACGAUCCUCAUCAAGAACGCAGGAACGACCCUGUGUCCGUUCACCGGCUCCCGCUCCUUCACGUACCAGAUUCCCUACGGCGUGUGCGACCUCGACCACUCCAAGCUCUCCUCCAUCAACAACGACACCACGCUCUUCUUUCUGUACAACCCGUGUCCCAAACAGACUAACCCGAACGUAUUUCCUUAUCCGGAGCGCGUUGCCUGCAUAGCCACCUGGAGCGACGGCGACACCCAUUACAUGCUGGGGCAGCUUCUUGCCUUCAGACACGGGAAUCCUGAAUACCGCUGCUACAUCUACGAGGAGAAACCCGGCGAGAAUUACCUCUACAGCAUGACGAGGACCUCGUCGUACUGCGGGUCCUACAGUCCGGACUACGAGUACUUCUACAGGAUCUACAAUGAGUCAAUAGCGCCCGGCAUGCCUGUAAUAGAGGGCUACGACUCCACGAAGGAGCUGUACCUUGGCGCGCCCCUCCGCCUGGUCUGCCGAAGCAGCGGAGGGUUCCCACCGGCGGAGCUCAAGUGGUUCAGGAACGGCGACGAGAUCCCUUCGGAGAGCCUCGAGACGCAGGCGGGGUCCGAGAACCACAUCGACGUGAUGAUUCGCGAGGACGACGACGGGGCCGAGUACCGCUGCGACGCCACCAACUUCGCCGACACCCUCUCCACGUCCACCGUCUUGUUCCUGCGUCCCGACUCAGAACUGACGACGACUGCAGAGCCAGAAAUAACGACAGUCGUGACGCCAUCGACAACAACAGCCGAAACAACAACAACAACAACAACUGCAACUACAACAGAUGCUACAACAACAGAUACUACAGCAGCAACAACCGUAGCUCCAUCAACUACGACUACAGAGUUCUUCUAUGAAUACUACGUUGACGAGAUCCCGCCCAUUUUCACGGCCUUCCCGAACACGCCCCUCGAAGUAUACGAAGGUGCCUCACUGAACCUGACCUGCGCCGCCGAGGGAACGCCCACGCCUCACGUUCAGUGGAUAAAGAGAGGCGAGGACUUGCAGCGCGUCAACGUGACCGAACGUGUUCUGGGCGAGGUCAUGCUGGUGCUAGAUGGCGUUUCGGACUCUGACACUUACACCUGCGAGGCGGGAUCCGAGAGUGGGUUCGUCGCGAAGGAAAUCGAAGUUCGUGUGCUGGGCCCGCCGCCCCCCCAGAAUGUGCGGCUGAGCUCCCUGACGGAGACGAUGGCGGAGAUUACUUGGGAUCCGGUGGAGGAAGCCAAGUUCUACACCGUGUUCAAGAACUACUCUUCUUCGCAGGGCGUGGCGGUGGACGUUUUCCAGACAAAUUCUCACGUCUUCGCAGAUCUGGAGCCUUACACCAAAUACGAGUUCCGGGUGGCGGUGGUGACGGCCAGCGACAAGAUAGCUCUGUCAGAGUCCAUCUUUGCUAUCACAGGAGACACAGCCCCCGACGCGCCCACCAUUGAAGGCCUCGACACCUCGACACUCAAGUUCGACGUCGGGGAUGCUGUGAACCUCACGUGCGUCAGCGGAGGGGGUCUAUCGCCUCUGGUCCUGACGUGGUACAAGAACGGCGUCGAGAUGGUCAGUGCCGAGAUCAGGUCGGGGCUGCAGCUGAGUCUCGUGCUGCAGGAGGAGGACGACGGGGCUGAGCUGCUGUGCCAGGCGGCGAACUACAUCGCUGCGGUGAAUACUUCUGUGGUCGCUCAUAUAAAGGAAGGCGUGUGCAAGGUCCCCGAGGAGUGGGCGGGCGAGUGGUACUCCGGCUGGGACCAGGUGGGCGUGGCGUCUGACCUGUGGCUCGACCAGAUCUGCCUGACGUCUUCCAAAAACCGAUUCCUUGUCAAGAAAGAAUGGAGAGACUGCAACACAUGCUAUGUAGUCACGGAGAAACACCCCAACAUCCUUGAAUAUAAAGAAUCCCAAUGCGAGGCGACGGACGACCUCCAAGCGCUGUGCUCGACCAUCGACCCCGCGCAGCCGCCCACCCACGUCAUGCGCAUGGACAGCACGACCGAGUGUCCGUUCCUUGGGCUGCGUCCGUUCACGUACCGACUGCGCCACCGAAGCUGCACCGAAGAACCGUCCCGACUUACCUCCGAGAACAACGGAACCGAACUCGUUUUCCACUACGACACCUGCGCUGAUGAUACCGACUUACAUAUCGACGUUCGGUCAGAGAGAAUCGAGUGCGUGGGUUCGUGGCGCGAGGGCAACGCCAGCUUCCUCAUGGGGAAACUGGAGUCGGUCCUCGGCGGGGAACCUCGCUACCGCUGCUUCACCUUCGCCGAGGAGGAGGGCGAGGCGGCGGAGGGCGAGGCGGAGGAGGGCGAGGGCCACCGCUACGUCGUCAGCAGGACCUCGUCGGAGGCGUGCGCCGCCCUCGGGGAGAGGACCGACAGCUUCUACAAGAUAUUCGGGGAGGCGGUCGCGCCCGGGGAACCGACCAUCCUCGGCUACGACGCGUCCCAGCAGGUGAAGGUCGGCGCGGCCCUCAACCUGACGUGCAGCAGCGGCGGUGGCUUUCCCCGCGCCAAGCUCACGUGGUUCAAGGACGGAGAGGUAAUCCCUUCGGAGACGUUCCAAGAGGGUGGGAAUUCUGUGGCCGUUAUCGAGGUCACUGUCGAGGGGUCGGAUAACGAGACGGAGUACGUCUGUCGAGCCUACAACUUCGUGGCGGAUUUCAGCGCGAGCGUCGUGCUGCGCGUGGAGCAAGCCUCCUUGCCCGCGUUCGAAGACAUCAUGGUUCCGAAUGUGGUCGUAGUCGAGGACGAGACGGCAUUCCUUCCAUGCAUUCGGACACAGGAAGAAGACAUCAAGAUGGACUGGUUCGACGCAGACAUCGAGACGCAGCUCACCUCCGGCGCCACGAUCCUGGCCGACGAGAAGAGCCACCUGCAGCCGUGGAUCAGCGAAGACGGGGUGAUGGGCCUCAUGGUCCUAGCAGGCUUUGUGGACACGAACUACGCCUGCAACGUGAAUGGCAGGCGCGUCGGCAACACACGGGCGGUGAUACUGGCUCGUUAUCUUAUCGGGGAUGGAGGUUUUGAGGCGUUCGAGGACCACCUCGACUACACCGACUACCACAAGACGGUCCAGGAGGGCGGCGACGUCUUCCUGAACUGCUCCGUCGGCUCCAACAGCUCCUCCUCCACAGUCCGGUGGAGGCGAAACCCGGGCUCCGUCCUCCUGACGCAGAACGACAUCAGCCUGGCGGAGGACGAGGGCUACACCGUCGACGUCAUAGGGAACUCGUACAUCCUCUACGUGGCCCGCGCGGACGUCAGGCACGCCGGCUCCUACUUCUGCCAGAUCAUAGUGGACGAAGUGGAAGUCUAUACGAAGAACUACACCAUUAACAUUGAUGAGCUAACGCAAACACACGUGGGUCAAAACGGCAGCAUCAACUGCUACGCCCUUCCGGGAGAGGAGAUUAAGUUCAUCCACGAAGGGCGGGAAAUCCACCCGUCCACCGCCAACGAAACGGAAAAAUACAGCAUCACGAGGACCGAAGAGCGAGGCCAGGUCUUGACGGGACGGACAGGGACCCUUUUCACGCUGACGGUCUUCAACGCCUCCCUGGAAGACGAAGGACUCUACCAAUGCGUUAUCAACAGGGACUACGACGACGUGAUCCUGAGGGAGGCCGUGCUCCUGGUGGAUCUCGAGGACCUGACGCCGUAUACCAACGAGUCUGCCAUCGGCGAACUGCCAACAACAACAUCUACUACUACGACCUCUUUCGGUCUCUUUGACUGGUGGGGCACAACAACCACUCCUUCGUAUCCAGAAGAAAUGACAACAACAACAACAACAACAACAACUAAAAUUCCCAAGUUUAGGAUAACAACCACAACUGAACCAUUAGUGUUCGUGGAAACAACUACAUCUUAUCCCGUGGAUGAGAUAACAACUACAACCAUGUUUUAUGUCAAGACAACAACGGCUUCGGAACAAAGCCCAACAACCAUAUCCACGAGGCAACCCGAGACGACCACAACCCCCGUCACAACCGAACCAUCAACAACAACAGCGUACCAGGACACCACCACAGCAACCACAACAACCACAACAACCCCAACAACCCCAGUGAGCGCCGUCGAGCCCACGGAGGAACCCGAGGAGUACUCCACGGUGGAUUCCGAGCUGUAUUACACCGUCGGGCCGGAGGAGGAAUACAGCGGGGAGGAGAUCGACUACGAAGUGUACUACGACGUUGGGGGGGAGGGGGAGGAGAGGGAGAAGGAGAAGGAGGAGGAGGAGGAGGAGGAGGUGGAGGAGGGGCCGACUGAGCCACCGCCUCCGCAUUACGCCGAGGUCGUCCUUCCGUGCGAGGGCUCCGAGGGACUCAAGAUUGAAGACAUCACGUGGAAGACCGACGGCGAGCUGCUGUUCCUCGGCACGCUCGACCUGGCCGCCAUGCCCGGCCUGUCCCUGUCCCCCGACGGCGCCCUCGUGCUCGCCGAAGGGCCCAUCAGGGACGUCCGCGACGGGAGGUCCUACGAAUGCCUCGGCUUCGACAUCAAACUCUUCAAUGACGUCACGCUGGUCAGCUACCACGUGUCUCUCAGCGGGGAAGACACCAUAGUUCAGAAGAUCCCCGACGGGCGAACGGAGAAACAGAGCCCGAAGCCCGAGCCCGAACCGGAAGCGCUCGACCUCGAGUUCGGAGGGCUGGAGGACGAGGAGCUGCUAAUACUCGGCAACACGGAGCGCGUCGGCAGGAGAAUCGAGGAAGUGCUGAAGAGCGGCGGACUCAAUGUCAGGUUCUUGAACCAGAUGCUGUGCAGAAGUCCCACCAACACGCGCAGCUGGCUCGAUGCCCAGACAGUUCUCGAGGAAUGUGAAGCCUUAGCUCGCUCAUUCGGACUUAUCGGUAGUGACAGGAAUGUGUUCAUCGGCAUCGACUUCUAUGUCGAAAUUGCUCCGUCAAG